AUGACGUACGGUCCUUAUGGCAAAGACAUCCCGUACCAAGAUUUUCACCCGCGAUCAUAUUCGGAGGUCAAUCCAGAGCAAAAGUCUGCUCACUCAGCAUGGGAAGUCCCUGACCCUGGAUACUGGACUUCCAAAGGCUAUGUUGUCGUACGCGCAGAUGAACGCGGUCUCGGACAAUCUCCUGGAAAGCUUGAUACAAUGUCCCGCGGCACUAGCGAUGCAUUUGUCGAUGUCGCUAAGUGGGUUGCCGAGCAGUCUUGGUCGACGGGUAAGGUGGAUCUCCUGGGAGGUGCUAAAACGGCCUAUUAUCGUGAUUGCUGCAGACACGAUGGGAUCCUCUCGAGCAAAUUUAUUCGCUUCUGGUGGGAUGGCCAGGUUCUGAGCAAUCAGUAUAGUAAAGGCGGAAGGGCUGCUAGAAAUUGGGGCCCUGACUCCAUUGAAGGUGAUUUGAGUGAGGACGAAUUGCGUGCAAAUCGUCAGGAUCAGAAUGAAGACAAUACCAACAACCACUUCCGCGACGAUCCCUAUUACGCCUCGAAAGAAUACAAUAUGGCCGACAUUCAGGUCCCACUUCUCAGUGUCGCAAACUGGUGCGGCAUUCAUCUCCAUCUCCGCGGUAACGUUGAGGGUUGGGUUAGUGCAGGCUCGGAGCUAAAGUACCUGAGCUUUAUUACCGGCCGCCACGACUUGCCCUUCUACUACAAGGAGGAAGUCGAGGUUCAGCGUAGCUUCCUCGACGCGUUUCCAAAAGGCGGAGAUCGCGGUGGGUGGUCCGAUGUUACGGCCCCGAAUGUGGACCUGGUUCUCAGAAAGGGUGACGUGGGUUUCAACAAUCCUGAAGACGAGAAGACAUUCCCUCGUCAUAUUGAGACUGAGUGGCCUCUUGCACAUACCCAGUAUAUCCCAUACUAUCUUACGCCUGAUCUUAUCCUCACGACUUUGCAACCCGAGAAUACUCAAGAGACUGAGAUCACGGGCCAUAUCACCGCGCAUCUUAACGUAUAUGUCGCUCCAGAAGGCGAAACAGUACCAACCGACAUUGAUCUCUUCCUUACCCUAAGGCAUUUCUCCGCUGAGGGCAAAGAGAUCUUUUACACUGGCACUGGAGGUAAUAAUGUACCCUUGUGUAAGGGCUGGCUCAGAGUUUGCCUCCGUAAAAUCAACAGCGAUCAUGCUAGGCACAGAUUUUAUCUACCUUACAGGGAUUACUUCUCUUCAGACGUUCUGCCGGUCAUCCCUGGGGAGAUUCAUCCUGUUGUUGUCGAAGUGUGGCCUACAAAUAUCAUCUUUGAGAAAGGCGAGAGACUCGUUCUCGACGUUGCAUCGGGCGACACUCAAAGCUGUGAGAAAUUUCAACACAACUCUCCCAUAGAUAGAACGCCGGAAAAGUUGAUGGGCCGGAAUUUCAUUCACAUCAGCUCAGAGCGUCCUAAUUUCGUCACUCUGCCUGUUAUCCCACCUAAGUAG